UGCUCUUAGCAACGGUGCCUCAGCAACAGAGCCACGGCAACAGAGCUCCACGGCAACAGCGUGCCGUGUCUCCCCAAUGGAGCUGCCAUUGGGCGGACCAGCGCUCAGGCACUACACCCAGAGCAGACCGAGACCUCACCGACAAAAACUGAACUACCGUCCCAGCAGACCACAGGAGACGAUAAUUGAGAGUGAAAAUGAAACCCUUGAGUAUAUGGGACGAGUGGAUGAAGGAGUUGAAGAGUUCUUUACAAAGAGAGUACUUCCUACUGAUACACUGAAACAGCAAGAUGAAGAAUCUAUCACAGUACACGAAGUGGCUCCCGCCAGCUCUGCCCCUUGUCCACCUCCAACAAAACACUCAGAAGGAAGCUUGGUGAUUUCUUUACCCUAAAAAGAGACGUGGUUUGAAAUCAGAGACGAGCCAUGAGGGGCGUCCCAAAAAGGCCUCCAUUGCUGAUCUGAUUCGCCCUCUCAGGGAGGUCGCCAGAUCUGAGAAGGACAAAGACAAGGAGCGAGUGAAGGAGCACGACAAGGAAAAUGAGAAGGAGAAAGCAAAAGAGCAGCCCUCUGCUGUUACCGGAGAGUCAGGUGUAAAGGAGACACCUGUUUCUGGUGCUCCCCCUCUGAGGGGGGAUGCAGCGCCUCCGCGACGAGCUCUCAGAGAAGGGAAGUCCCAGUCACUCAUCCUGCUCUCUGGAUCUGCAGCUGCAGGGACUACUAAUGCCAGAAACACUGCUAAGAAACAAUUUGAAGGCCAGCACAGUUUUGAACAGAAACUUCAUCUCAUGCUUCAACGUAUUGGAGUUUCCAAACCACAACCAGGGGAGACACAGAAUCCAGAGGGAGAAAUGAAAAAGGCUGAUUCUGAAGGUACUAUCAUUGACAGUAAACCUGAGCCACCGCCCACUUUUUCAAAACCUCGAACGAUGUCUGCAUCCUCAGACACACGGCACCAAAUCCGGGCAAGUGUGUCAGCACACGAGGCAGCUGGGAAACCUGCUUUGCCUCCAAAACCAGUUAUCAAACCAGGUCCACCUCCUCCAACAUCUGGCCGCAACACACCUGAGAAUGAGCUAGCCCAAAUAGAAGAAGCUGAGAAAAACACGCCUACUAAACCAAGCCCUGCUUCAACUCCGACUGCUCCUGCUCUCACCGCUGUCACCACCUCCCCUGUACCGACAAUCUCAAACUCUAUUCCUGACUCAACUGAUCUACCGGCUUCUGCUUCAAGUACUGUAACUCCCUCUGACAAAGAUAUAUGCACUGAAUCUGUUAGCCCCACCACAGCAGCGAUAUCACCCACUAAAGACACAGUGGUCGACAGCAAAGCCUCUAUCCCCGAAACUAGUGUAUGUACCACUGACCUGCCCAGUACUACCAUCACAACAACACUCGCAAGCACCACUACACCCACAGAGCCCCUUCCAGCUGUCUCAGUAACUUCCACCUCCUCAGAGUCCAUUACUCCAGUCGUCUCUGUCAGUUCCACCUCACCAACAACCACCAGGCCUUCCAUUACCACCUCGGAAACAGUUUCUGCUCCCAGCAGUGAAAGCUCAGUAACAACAGCAUCAACAAGUCUGCCAAUUAAAUCAGAUUUGCCAGAGCCAAAAGGUAUUUUACCAGCUGAUGCCACUGCUGCUAGCGAUGCAGCUAUUCCUGUCAUCACUGCAGCUUCUUCUCCUUGCACCAGCGCAUCCGAUAUGCCAUCAAGCUUGUCUGCCCCCCUCAAUUUAAUUAGCGAGGCUAUUGACGAAUCCACUUCGGUUACUCCAGUUUUAUUAAUCACUGAAACAACAUCUUCUCCUCGCUCAAGUGAUAUCACCACAGCUGCAGUUUCAUCUGAUGCCCCCAUCACCACUUCAUCCACUGCCAUCUCUGCUACCCCUACUUCCGCCGCCUCCACCUCUUCAUCGAGACAAACCCCACAGACACCACUUCCACCGCCACCAGUUUAA